CGGCUCCGGGGAGGACAGGGGAGGAGGGACCGGCGCUAAGAGGCGCGCGCGCGCGCGCACGAGCGGCCCGCCGGCGGCUGCGGGUGGAGGGGGCGGUUCCUCGAGUGUCGGCGACCCGAGGGCGGGCAGGCGGGCAGGCGGGCGGCAGGUGCCGCCGCAGCCUCUGGCCGGUCCCGCGUCUCUUCGUCCUCCGGCGGCGAUGAGCUGGGCCCUCUCGGGGGCUGCACCUGCCGGCUGCCCGUCAGCACCGGCCUCCCGGCGUGACCUCGGCCUCCUCGCGUGUCCGGCCUCCGCGACGCGGCGCUGCCCCUGAGAGGGCGCGGCGGCGGCCUCCUCCGCCCGGAGUCCUCGCUCGGGGGCCGCGCGGGGACGGCGCCCGGCCCCCUCCCCUCCCUCCUCCGUCCGCCGUCCUCAAUGUCUCCCCGGCGGGGAGGGGGCUGCCUGGGAGACACGCUGAGCGGCCGCCCCACGGAGGCCCUCCGGCUGCAGCAGCAGCAGCGCCCGGCCGGGCGUCCCGCAGCCUCCACCGGCGGCGGCGGCCUGGAGGAGCCGCGCACCCGCCGCCGCCCCCCGAGCCUCGCAGCCGCCGCCGCCGCCCGGCACCCGAGGAGAGGGCGGCGGGCGCCCCUCGGGGAAGAUGAAGGCGGAGGGGGGCGACCACUCCAUGAUCAACCUGUCGGUGCAGCAGGUCCUGAGCCUCUGGGCCCACGGGACGGUGCUGAGGAACCUCACGGAGAUGUGGUACUGGAUCUUCCUCUGGGCUCUCUUCUCUUCUCUGUUUGUCCAUGGUGCUGCAGGAGUGUUGAUGUUUGUGAUGCUGCAGAGGCAUAGGCAGGGAAGAGUCAUCUCUGUCAUUGCAGUCAGCAUUGGAUUUCUGGCUUCUGUAACUGGAGCGAUGAUUACCAGUGCAGCAGUAGCGGGCAUUUACAGAGUAGCUGGGAAGAACAUGGCCCCUUUGGAAGCGCUGGUAUGGGGCGUUGGACAGACUGUACUGACAUUAAUCAUCUCCUUUUCAAGGAUCCUCGCUACACUUUGAGGUUUCUGUGGGAAUGUCUUACUUCACAUAAGGAAACAGAUGUACAGAUUCCCUGAAAACGGCGUUGUUAACAAGUGGAAAUGAAAUUGUGCAAGAAUGUGGACUGAGCAGGUCAAAGCAUAAGGAAGACCUUGAGCUGUGUGGAAAGAUUGCCCUCUGGUGUUCAAGUGAUUGCACUACCGCACUGCACCUUAUGUGCCUCUGUCUCAGGCAAGGUGCAUUAAGACACUAUGUAAAGUUACAAGAAAAAGCACCUUGUUUAGCUGCCUAUCAGGUUAACAUUGGUGUUGAAAAUCAUCGUUCCUAACAGUGUUGUGUUAAGUUACAGGGACGUUUCGAAGUAUUGAUAUAUGUGCCAAACUCUUUUCUUUUUGUUAACAUUGAUCAUGUGACAAUUUGCAAGCGUAGAUGUAGCUGAGUGCUGUGAACAUAUUUGACAUGAAUUCAGGUAAUGUACUAAGAUUUUUGUUCUGUAACACUAAAUCCCGUAUGAGUGCUAAAUACUGAAUUCUUUAAUAUGAGAGAAAUUAUUUGGUUUUAAAUGUUGCGCGUUUCUGGGAUUUAGGGCUUCAAUAUGUUUAGGUAUUAUUGUUAUUUAAUUGAUGUGGAAGAUAAGUCUUCUUAACUGAAGACUAGCUCAACCGUUUUAAGAACUCAGAGUAGCUCUGUAGGGUGCAUACUUUUCACUAACUUAACACCCUUUUAAUAGCUUCCCUCACGCAUACAUAUUCUGUUUAUACAAAUUCAGAAACUUGAAGGGUCAUACACAUUGAUUGUAGUUUGUGCGUCAUAAAAAUAUAAUUUGAAAAUUUUCUUAAACAUUUUGUAAGAAAAAAGUCUGAAAUGCAUGUUGCAUUCUUUGACCCUUCUAAAGAAAGUUUUUGCCUUGUAUCUCAUGGACAAAACAUCUUUAUAACUAGUAUCUCAGCGGGAUUAUAUUACGUGUUGCAUAUAUCUUGAUUUUUGACAAAACAUAAACAGUCUUUCAUUCUGGAGUAUUAACUGUUUUUAGAGAGUGGCCUAAAUUAGGCUCUGGAAAUAAAGACCUCAUUUGUAGCUAUAAGUAACAAGUAAGUUAUAUAGGAAGAGUAAUAAACUUAUUUUACUUUGGACAUGUGGCAACAUCAUAAUUUUGCUAAGUGAAAAUUGGGAAAUAUAGUAGAUAAUUUUAAAAUUUGGCAGUUAGUCUCAGCAUAUCAAUACAGUACUGAAUGUGUAUUUGAGUAAUUCAUUUCAGUUGUUCAGUUCUUGAUUUAUGAUAGGAAGUUAUGAUUUAAGUUUACUAGAAGAAUCUGUGAGGGCGUAUGUUAAAAGUGGAAAUGUCCUUUAUAUAAAACAUUUUAAGAGGUUCUGGCAAUACGUAAUUGUAAGAGUAUAGGAAGUAGGGUUGAACUGGUCUCCUAAUGAGAUUUUUUUGGCACCAGAUACAGUUAUAAUGUGCUAACUCAAAGGAGACAUUGCAGAGAAUGUUAAGGAUAAUCAAAAAAUAACCUGGUAGCCUUGCUGUUUAAUCCAAUUUGCUGUAAAGGUAGGCCUUUGUUAUAUUCCAUUCAAAUUUAAGAACUUUGUUACCCGUACCACUUUUUCUCUAGCCAGAAGCAGAAUAUAUCCACAAUUUAUCAAUGAGAAGUUGGAGAGGCAGUACUUUUCCCAGUAUGGAAGCCAAUUUAAGGGAUUUACUAACACUGGCUUGGAAAUUCGUUUUAAAAAAAAUAAUAAGCAACUAUGCAUGGAUCUUUGAAGUAAAUCUUAAAAUUGAUUAUUUUUAUUAUGUGCAAGCCUGAAAUUGUUUUCAUGUGUUCUUUAUAUUCCUGAUGUUUUUACAAAUUAAAUUUAGGCAUAACUUUUCCAAGUCAAUCAUUUUUUCUUUUCUGCCAGACUUGAAUUGUGUUCUUCCUUUAUUUUGGCUAUUCUGUGAAUAAUUUAAAGCAUUCGUAUUCUUCCAGAGGAACUACCAAUAGCAUGUGGAAAUUGUUUCACAUCUACAGAAGGAAUACUUACUUUAACAUAUGGUUAUUUUAUGAUUUAAGAAACGGUAAAGUAAUAUAGAGCACGAUUCAUAAUCCAAAAUUAAUGAGAAAAUAACUUGGAUACAUUAAAUGUACCAAUGUGUGGACCAAAGAGAUUUAAACUCUUGUUUUUACUCUAGAAUGAAAGUAUAAUUGAACGGUUAAUAAUUAGUUUGUAGAGUGUCCUGCAGUUAUCUCAUUAUCAAGUUGCUUUACAUUAUGAAUUGUGUGUGUAUGUGUAUACUUUUAAUUUUAAGGGUUAUUUUUGGUUCCUUUGCUGUUUUCAGUUAUUUCCAUGGAGAUUUUGUGCAACUGUCACUCUUUUGAUGUUUUGAGAUGCAGUUGAAUAGUGUGAGUUUAUGAAUUGUCUUAAUAGCUAUUUAUAUGCUGAGAUUUUUAAAAAGUUAGUAGCUUUCCUAUAGACACAAGAAAUGUUUAAUGAUAUAUAUACACACACAUAUAUAUCAUUAUAUACGUAUAUAGAGAGCUGCUAUAUAUGAAUACAGUCUACUUGGAAACCUUUUUUUCAAUGAACACUUUCAUGUUCUAGUGGAAAAUUUGUUCAGUGUAAUGAUCUUUUAAAAUAGGUUUGAGGAUGUUUGAGAAUUUUGAAUUUUGGAGAAAUUUUCUUCACUUAAUAGAGCUGGAGACCGUUGUUUGGGACAUGACAAAAGCCCUUAUUGAUGUAUUUGGGUUAUAUACUUCGUUAAAAUUUAUAUAUGAUUUAGCAGUACAUUUCUUCAUGACAAAUGCAGGAAGGGAGGGAGGAUCCUCUAUAGUGGACACUCCUUUAUUAAAAAAGUGUUUAAUAAAAUAUUGUUUACAGUGAAAUCAGCUCCCCAAAGAAGGAACUCCUACAUGUCCAAACUAAUUAUUGUUUAACAUACUGAUUAAAAAUGCCCAUAGUUGACAGCUAGUCAGGAGGCCCCAAAUAAACUACAGAUAAUGCUUAAAACUUUAAAAGAAGGAGAACUAGUAGUCUUCCCCAUGAGACAGUUCCAAGGUAAUACCCUACCUUGCUUAGGAUAAACAAAGUCCUAAAUGAUGGCUAUCUUCAGGGCCUGUAGCUGAAUUAUUCUUUAGAUCUUAAUGUUUACCAAACAGUGUUACAGUUUGUUACCCAAUAUACUUUCUUAGUAUUUGCAGCAUACAUUUCACUGCUCGAAAAAGUAUAAGGGUUGGGUUUUGUUUGUACUUUAAAUGAGAGAAAUAAAGAAAUGAGUUGGCCUGUA